AUGCCGAAACCUAAAGGAAAGGGCGGGAAAAAUCGAAGGCGAGGAAAAGGAGAUGGCGAAGAGAGCAAGAGAGAACUUGAAUUCAAGGAGGAUGGCCAGGAAUAUGCGCAAGUAGUAAAGAUGUUGGGGAAUGGCAGAUGCGAGUGCUUUUGCUUUGAUGGAGUUACCCGACUGGGACACAUCAGAGGAAAGAUGAGGAAAAAGGUGUGGAUCACGGCUGGUGACAUUGUGCUCGUAGCAAAGCGUGAUUUCCAAGAUGAAAAAGUCGACAUUGUGCACAAAUACACUGCGGAUGAAGCACGUAACUUGAAACAGUACGGAGAACUCCCAGAAACAGCACGUAUUAACGAAACUGCCGUCGAUAUGGCAAUGACAGCAGAUGAUGACGACAACGAUAUUGGAAUUGACUUUGACGACUUGUAA